AUGGCUGAAGAGUAUACGCUGAUGGCUACUCCCGAAGCGAUGGCGAAUCAUAUUGUACAGAUUUUCCCCGAGGUCGACUUGUCUGUUGAGGUUCAGAACUUGAUUGAUGCCCUUCCCGUGGAGUGGGCUUUUACCAAUAUGGCACUGGGUGGUGAUGACCUUCGGCGGUUUUUUGAAACGGAUCAGGAUUUGCAGAACAGUGGCUCAGAGCACCCAAUUUCACUCAGUGGUCUGAGCGACCAGGUUGAGGCUUUGACUGAUGGUGAUCGGGCUGUGCAUGGCUCCGACUCGGGCUCUCUGGUGGAGAUUGAGUGA